AUGGGUGACAAUUUUGAUAUCCGACUGCUGAAGCGGUCACUAGGAGGCUUCAAGAGACACCACGCUGUCAAUUCCUUGUACGGGCAUACUGCGUGGGCCGAGGAUCUAGACAUCGUUAAUGAGCUCGGUGCUCACACUGGCUGCGUCAAUGCUCUGAGUUGGUCGACGAGUGGCAAUCUGCUCGCUUCCGGCUCUGAUGAUACCUAUCUCAAUAUCUGGGAUUACAAUCCCUCCGGCCUCCCAAACACCUUCUCCCUCAAUACCAGUGUUUCCACCGGCCACCGGGCCAAUAUCUUCUCCGUCAAAUUCAUGCCCCAUUCUGCUGAUCGAACCGUUGUGACUUGUGCCGGGGAUUCUGAAGUGCGUGUUUUUGAUCUCGAAUACGGUGGUUCCACACAAGCCGAUCCAUCUCAAUCCGCCUUCUCCGCCGGCACAAGAAGUAGGAGGUUCAACAGCUUUUUCCGUCACGCCAGGUGGCUCAACGAGGCCAAUACCAAUGCUCGGGUAUACCGAAGUCAUGCGGAUCGUGCCAAACGGAUCGUGACGGAAUCAAGUCCCUACCUGUUCUUGACUUGUUCAGAAGACGGUGAGGUGCGUCAGUGGGACUUGAGACAACCAUCAAGCGCCUAUCCCCCACCCAGGGGUGGGCGAGGUUUUGCAAGAUUCCGUGGAGUUUCAGACCCUGACGCAGGCGACACACCACCGCCACUCAUAUCCUACAAGAGAUAUGGUCUAGAUCUGAACAGCAUCUCCUGUGCAGCCAGCCAGCCUCAAUAUAUCGCGCUUGGUGGUGCCCAUCUGCACUGUUUCCUGCAUGAUCGGCGUAUGCUAGGCCGAGACGUCGAAUACGAAGCUGGUCGACCCGCUGGCCGGAAACCCGUGGUCGGGACCAUGGAAGAUGAGGCGAUGUCUACAGCAACCAAGUGUGUUCGAAGAUUCGCGCCCAAUCAUCAACGGAGGAUGACUGGACGAAAUAGUGGCCAUAUCACAGCCUGCAAAAUCAGUGAUGCUAACCCGAAUGACAUGAUUGCCUCCUGGUCAGGUGAUUCAAUUUACAGUUUCGAUAUCGUCAAAUCUCCAGAUGCAAGAGACGAAGAUCGUCGGCAGGAUCAAGCAUUCCAAGCUCUUCGGCGUCGGGACCUUUCGGACCGUAAGAGGAAAAGAGAAAGGGGAAAUGCUUCAUCCAGUAGCCUGAACAAUGCAAGAUACCCUAGUAGACGCCUGCGAAGAGUGCCAGACGAUCAGUCAGAGAAUGGCCAGACCGCUCUGAUGGCGACUUUUGACACAACAGAAGUGCAAGGGUUACCCCUCGGUUCGACACGAUCGAUCGGUACUCCUGAAUCGACAUUACAUGAUGAUCUAGCCCUGGCUGAAAUCCAGCAAUGCAGUCAACGGAUUGCUAGUGCCAUCGUCCGACUGAGAAAAACCCUUUUUGAUUUUUCAUCCAUGAUGCGGGAAGAUGUGGCAAUGACCAUGGAGAACUCCAUGGAAUUGACUCCAUACGGAGCAGCCUUCACUGCAGCUCUGGGGCAAUGUGUAUCUCUCCUUCCACAGAUGGAUGAGAUCAUUCGCAACUGGACCUAUCCCGUUAAUCCCACAGAGGAGGAUGUCAUCAUACAGAACACGCUCCGAAGAAACCGUCAAGCAACCUGGCGAUUUGUACAGGCUUCUGGGUGUUUGGCUAAGACACUUGGUGGACGGCUUCAGACUCUCAGUGCAGCUCCUGAUGUGCAUCUCGCUAAUUUUGAUCAAAUCAAACUCUCACUCCAUGAGGGAAAGAACAUCUCUGAAAGGUCGCAGUUUGGCUAUGACUUCUUGAAGGCAAUUCUAUUGUGGCUCGAUGGUGGUCAGGAUGCUGUUCUACAAGGCUUCAGGAGACCUGCAAACGUAAGUGCCGAAAGCUCCCGCUUCCCAAUAGAUCAAGACGACACCAUAGCGACCUUUGUGCCAAAGCUACAGUCAUAUCUGUUGCGCUUAGCCGAUGAAGACACUCCUAUCCUUGAUAUUGAUGCCAAUCGAUUCGAAAGAGAUGUGACAAGAUCAGUAUUUGAAAGUGAGAAAUCUGCUGUCAUGGCCUUUGUGAGGGCGCUUUCAGGAAUCAAACUGGAAGAAAGACAAGGUAUGUCUGAAAAUGCGAUUGACCUCUCAGGUUCCAGUACUACUGUUCGCCUCAUGGACAAGGGUGCAGCCGCGAGAUUUUGGGGCGUCAAAAUCGGCCGAUCUCUGCUCCUACGUGCUGCACUGGGCGUGACGUUUGACUUUGUCAACCGAGCCUUUGGUGGCCUACCGGAGCAAAUCACAGGCGGCUCCACUGAUCAGUCCGAAGAAGACAUCACCUUGGAAGAGGACGAAGAGGAUGAUCGCGUACUAGAAGCAAUCGAGAUUGUGACAACCACAAGUGCUGCAGAAGCUUCACUUGAGGAGCCCUCACAAUUGCCGACAGCUACUCAUGAUGAUGCUGGAAGUCCUCUUAUUUCAGGACUGUCGACUGGUAACACUGCUGCAAUCCCGACUGAAGACGCGCACCCAGACGAGGAUGAUGACCAAGAAGAUGACGAAGACGAUGGUGGUAGUGACAGACUCGGUAGUGACGGGGAUAGUUCUGAUGAGAGAAAUUCCGACUCUGAUUCGGACGACGAUGACGACGAUGGCCCACAGCAGUUCUUUCUUCGCCGUCGUCCAGGAUUUACUAGAUCUCACGAACGUGCGUCAGUCAAUCUGGAUGUCCCAUACUCCUCUCACACCAAAGUCUACAAGGGACAUUGCAACAGCCGCACGAUCAAGGACGUCAACUACUACGGCUUGAAUGACGAGUACAUUGUGAGUGGCUCUGAUGAUGGCCACUUUUUUAUCUGGGACCGCAAGACCAUGGGGAUAGUCAAUAUCCUGGAAGGUGAUGGCGAAAUUGUCAACGUUGUACAAGGCCACCCUUACGAGCCCAUGAUUGCAUGCAGUGGUAUUGAUAACACGGUCAAGAUUUUCGGCAUCGGUGGCGAGAGUCGAGAACGUGAGAACGCUAAACGUGGAAUUGACGUUGCAAAUCCUGGAGGAACUACUCAUAGUUCACUUCGUUUCGGUCGCCGAAGACCAACCAGACGCGUGAGGCAUGGUGAUGACGACGAUACAGACGAAGCCGGUGAAGACGAAAACGUACGUGCACGAGGACUGACGAGUUGCCGUGCAAUGCAUCGCCGCGAUGAAAUCGUCGGUCAGAAUUCUGCGGAGCAACGACAUAGUGCAAGCAACGAAUUCGUGAUGAACCAUUUCGCUGACAUCUCUGGUGUCAUGCAGGAGGGCAUGCUUGCCAGGUUUGCCAUCGCAUUACAACGAGGCCAAAUCGAGGUGAUUGGUGGGCAAGCCGUUGCUGGUCAGGAGGGAGGCAUUGUUGUGGAUGACAAUUGUUUGGUAUGGCCAUCAAUCCGCCUAAUCUACACCAUAGCUCAUGCUGACUCACGAUGGGGCACAGCUCAUGUAACUUCAUUCAACAUCUCCCACACCACGACUAUGGUAGAGAAUCGAUGGCCAAAUGCUUAUACGUGGAAGAUCUCGAAUAAUGGGGAUUUCCCGAAUCUCGCAUCGGAAAUUCCCAAUAUGUGA